ACUAAAAUGUUUCGCGCAAUUGUAUUUCUGAGCUUGCUGGUCAUUUCGAUGACUUACGAAAUUACUCCGAUUAUCAAAGAUGGUCUACCAGGUUUUGCGAAUAUUACAACAGAACCUUUUCUCAAAAUUGGAGAAGGUUAUUAUUACAUUGAGACUAACUUGAGAAAGAACUGGUUUGAAGCCUAUGAAACUUGUCGCCUUAUUGGAGCAGAGCUCAUCACAUUUGAAACAAUUGAAGAAUGGAAACUGAUUAAUCAGUAUUUGGUGGAUAUGAAAAUUAACGAUGUUACCUAUUGGACCUCUGGGACUGAUUUAGGCAAUACAGGGGAUCAUGUGUGGUUCUCCACUGGUCUUAAAAUUACUCUCGAUGAGAUUUGGUAUCCAGGUGAACCAAAUAAUAAUGGAGGUCUUGAACACUGUGAUGAACUUUGCUAUAUAGGUUAUGGAUUUAAUGAUAGAAAUUGCUUAUACAACACAAGAUACAUUUGUGAAGCCCCUCAGCCGAAAACGGCGGCGUUUAUAGUGUGGUGAUUGUUUCUGCAUUGUUUCUUUAAGAAAUGUGCCUAACAAUGUAUAAAUUUAUAGAAUGCUUGCAAAACAUUCUAAUUAGGGCUUACAGCCAAAAAUUUGUUGCAUGUCUUGCAAAAAUAAAUAAAACUUUAAAUAAGAAUAAUUAAAUCGGGCUAAAGGUUUAUGUAAAUUAAAUAAAUUAGUCAUCACUCCAAUUUUAGAAUACCCUGUAGCAAAUGAAUAAAGUUACUAGAGCACGAGAAAUAAAGAACGUCUUGCAGCCACUCUGAAUUUCCUUACCAACGAUUUGAGCAUUAAAAUGUCCAAGCGUAGUCUAAUGUGACGAAACAAGAUGAAAAUAUAAAUAAUUCUAAAAAUUUAA